AUGGGAGUUUAUCCGGCGGUGGUUAAAAAGGAUAGAAAACUCGCGACUUUUCUCUACAAACUCUACCUGAUUCUAAUCGGAUGUCUGAUAGGCUUGACAUUUGCAAUUUCAUUUUACACCAGAUUGAACUUCGCUUUUAAAACGAACCAACUAACCCACAACAUCGUCGACUCCUUAGCAAUGUUUAACGAAUUAUUAUUCGUUGUCCGGAGCAUUUGCAACGUGGAACAAUGCUUGAACCUCACGAAUUUCGCUCUCAACAAACGGGACACAUGGUGGUUGUUUUCGCAAAGUGUUCUCAUUCACGUCCUCUUCUUCGUCAUACAUAUUAGACAGAUGAUUUUGAAAUUCGAAACUGGGGAUUACCAGUUUUUGUAUUAUCAAUUGUACCAUGUGGUUACCAUGUACCAUCAAAUCGUUAUAUUACAAACAGUAACUUUAACCAAUCGGUUUUUAACUAUAAGGUAUCGAUUUUUACGAACGUACUUGGAUUCGAUCAUCAGAAACGAAAAAUCGUGCUUCAUCGUGCUGAAAUCGUACAAAAAGCUGAAAUUAAAAGACGCUUUCGUUCUGUUCAAAAGACUCUCGAAAGUCUCUUUUUACCUGAGCAAAACCUUCGAAAAGCACGUUUUUUUGGCGACCUGGGCGACUGUUCUCAUCAACUUGAAUUGCAUUGUGUUUUUAAUUUACGUCGAUGACAACGAAACAUCGGACAUCUUCAUCUACUUCGCACACAACGUUAUAUACUCGAUCUCCUACAUGGUAGCGGCGUUGCACAGCGAAAACGUCGAAUCGGAAUCGACGAAAAUCAUCAAGUCUUGUUACGAAAACCAAGAAACUUUAUCGGGCAAUCGUUUGGAAUCCGAACUAAUGCGAUUCGGUGAAAUUUGCGGACAAUUAACGCCCCGUUUCACUGUCGCCGGAUUUUUUUAUUUCAACAAAUCCGUCCUAUCGUCCGUGUUCUCUUCAAUUCUGACUUACCUCAUCAUCAUCAUCCAGUUCGAUAUCACAUUGAAGAAACCCUAA